AUGACUGAUCUUCAUCAAUACACUGCGCAUAACUACAGCAUACAGACCCUGAACUCUACUGAACUGUCCAAAGAAAAGCUAAGAGAAGUCCUAGCCAGGGUAUGUAAUUAAUUGACACCCGUUGUGCGCUACCCUUCCAUCACUAUAUGUUGCUUGGUUAUCCGUUCUUGGCGCCGGUUGAUUUUUUCCGCGUUUUUCUCCUGUCUUCGAUCAUUACCACCUAUUUCUUGAUUACCUUUGUCGUCAUCCAUAAGUCUGUACUUAAAUAAAUCAUGGGCAACGGCCAAUCACAGCGUGCGUAAUAUUCAUCACAUUCUAUAGAAAAAAAAAACAUAUGCUCGCACUCGAAAAAGGCAGUUUAACGAGAGAAAAUAAGUUUGACUAGUCCAGAAGUUUGGGCUCUGGCUACUUCGGCUCGCAAGGUUUAAACUUGGUAUUGUCGCUUGAAUAAGCUAAUUGUACUUAUUCCUUUCGUAGGAAAAAGAUAGACGUUUUACCUACUGCCCUUUAUACAACUCUGCUACAGUUCUCCCCAUUCACCCAGAGACUGUAAAGAAACGAGAACUUACAGACUCCAAAGCACUCUGGAGAACUAAUAAAGGAUUUAUAUUCCCUGGAAAAAAGACCUCGAUGGUCUCAAACGUACACCCUAAGAAACCU